GCAACUUCCAGCCUGUUUCCUCUUUCUCUAUCAAUCCUAUACGUCCCUGGACAUUAAAUACUCCUCCACUCCACUCUCUCUCUCUGUCUUUCUAUCUAAUAUCGUCGAGGACGAGAUGCCGGCGAGUACUGAGUUCCCCGGAGGACAAGUCGCGGAGCACACAUCAGCUGAGGACUUACUCAAGAAAUUUUCAUUUGAUGAACUAGCAAGAGCAGCUCGUUUUUUCUCCGAUAACCGAUCUCUUGGUGUUGGUGAUUUUGGUGAUGUCUAUAAAGGAAUCCUUGAAAGUGGUGAGCUCGUUGCUAUUAAGAAACUAAAAUGUAAGCAGGAUGGUGAGCAGAAAGAAGAACUCGAGAAUCAGAUUAAGGAGGUCGGCUCUGUGUCUCACCCAAAUCUUGUUAAGCUGGUUGGCUACUGCUGUGAAGAAGCCGAUAGAUUGCUUGUUUUAGAGUUUGUUCCCAAUAAAUCUUUAAAAUUUCAUCUAAGUGAUGAAGAGAAAAGAUCAAAGUUGAAGUGGUCAAUAAGAAUGGGAAUUGCUUUAGGCUCUGCGAAAGGUUUAGCAUAUCUGCAUGAACAAUGUAAUCCUAAAAUUAUCCAUCGAGACAUUAAAUCUGAUAAUAUUCUUCUAGAUAGUGAUUUUAAAUCUAAGGUUGCUGAUUUCGGGCUUGCUAAAAUUUUUCCAGAAAUUAAUAUCAGACACAUUCCUGCCGAUAAAAAAGAAGCUACCAUUUAUACGGAUCCAGAAAUUUCAGAUGAGAAAUCGGAUAUUUAUUCUUUUGGAGUCAUACUUCUAGAACUUAUCAGUGGAAGAAGGAUUUAUGAAAGUGAUCUUGAUAUCGUAAAUUGGGCGAAACCUCUAAUGACAAAAGGAGAUUCAAUAAAUGUGGACUACGAGAAUUUAGUUGAUUCAACAUUGAAAGAAAAUUACGAUCAAAUAGAAAUGGAACCAAUAAUUUAUUGUGCAGCUGCUAGCCUGUACAGUCCAUCCCCAAAACUUCGGCCAACAAUGGGACAGAUAGUUAGAACUCUUGAAGGAAAAAUGCCACAUAAGGAAUUAUGGGUUGUGGAAGGAACGCAGUCAGCUUCUAAUGAUGAUUAUAUCGCAUAUGAACUGAAGACAUAUACAUAUUCAGAACUAGCACAUGCAACUAAAUCUUUCACCCAAGGUCGACAACUCGGCAACGGGGGCUUUGGUUCUGUCUAUUGGGGAUUCCUUCUAGGGAAAAAAGUAGCAAUUAAGAAACUUAACCAUCAGGACAGUGGACAGGACCAAGAAGAAUUUGAAAAGGAGGUUAAUGCCGUUGGCAUUGUGCGCCAUGGAAAUCUUGUUAAGCUGGUUGGCUACUGCAAUACAAAUGCUGACAGAUUGCUUGUUUUAGAGUUUGUUACCAACAAAUCCUUGAGAUAUCAUCUAAAUGAUGAACAGGGAAGAUCAAAUUUGAAAUGGUCAGUGAGAAUGAAAAUUGCUAAAGGUUGUGCAAAGGGAUUAGCAUAUCUGCAUGAAGAAUGUAAUUCUAAAAUCAUCCAUCGUGAUAUUAAAGCUGAAAAUAUACUUCUUGAUGAAAAUUAUAAGCCAAAGAUUGCAGAUUUUGGACUUGCAAAGUUUUUUCCAAUAACUAAUAGUGUCACUCACAUCAGCUCUCGUUGGAAGGGAACCAACGUCUAUGCAGAUCCAGAAAAUUACUAUACUCAACAAGGAAAAUCUAUUCAACAACUUUCUGACAAAUCCGACGUCUAUUCUUUUGGUGUUGUUCUUCUAGAACUUAUUUCUGGAAGAAAAAUUAACGAUGAACAUCAAGUUGAUAUUGUGAAGUGGGCAAAGCCUUUGAUGAUCAAAGGAAAUUCAAUCGAAAUCAAUUACAAUAGUUUUGUUGAUUCUACAUUGAAAGGAUAUCACGACAAAAAAGAAAUGACAAGAAUGAUUUAUUGUGCUGCUGCUAGUGUAUAUCUACCUGCUAAACGUCGACCAAGAAUGAAAAAGAUAGUUGAAGCUCUUGAAGGAAAAAUGUCUCCCAGUGAAUUAUGGGCUGUGGAAGAUGUUGAGUCUGGAUCUCGAAAGCCAAAUGAACUGGAACUGCAGCGUCCUUCAUUGCUGCAGAAAUUUCAUUUUGGUAUUCUAGCCACGGCAGCUGGUGAUUUCUCAAGAGAUCACCUUCUUCGACAGCAUGGCUCGUGUCCAGUCUAUAAGGGAGAGCUUCCAGGUAGUGAUCAAAGAAAGGUGGCAAUUAAGAAACUUGAUUACAUGUCCUUUAAACAGAAUAAAGAGGAAUUCGAGAAGGAGAUUAUGGCCAUUAGCAACGUUAAUCAUCGAAAUAUUGUUAAUCUAAUUGGAUACUGCAGUGAUGAGGAAGACAAUAGACUGCUUGUUUUUGAGUUUGUAGCCAACAAUUCCUUGAAAUUUCAUUUACAUGAAAAUGGAGGAUCAACUAUAGACUGGACAAGGAGAAUGGAAAUCGCCAAAGGCGCGGCCAGAGGAUUGAAAUAUAUGCAUGAAGACAGUGGACACAAAAUUUUACAUUUGUAUGUCAAGUCCGAUAACAUUCUUUUUGAUGAUAAAUUUAUACCAAAGCUUGCAGAAUUUGGAAGUGCCAAGAUUUUCCCGGAUUCUCUUACUCAUUUCUCUAUCAAAGAAAUUAUGCAAAAUUCCGGAUAUAUGGCUCCUGAGUAUCAAUCUACCAGCAAGCUGACUGAUAAGCUUGACAUUUAUUCCUUUGGCGUAAUUCUUUUGGAGUUGAUUACCGGGAAACAACCAUUUGGUCAUUUCAGUGGUCCCAAUGACAUGGUUAAUAGGGCUAAGGGACUGCUCUCAAAAAGUCUGUCGGAAGGAAAGGACAAGUUCGAUUUUGUUGAUAAUAAAUUACAGAAGAAGUACAACACUGAACAAAUGGGUCGAAUGGUUGCUUGUGUUUUAGCUUGUGUAGAUGAUAAUCCAGAACGUAGGCCACGAAUGAGUAAGAUACUUGAUGUUCUGGAAGGGAAUAAAAGUUUGGAAGAAACAAUCCUGUUUCUAAAUCUGAACAUCAGAUGAAAUCCGGGAAUUGAAAAUCCAGCAAAUGAGCCUUUAUUUGUUCCAGUUAUUCAUUUUCUUUAAAAAUUAAAAUUAAGGUUUAUUUUAUUUUAUUUUAAGUUUCUGGCUGUUUUUAUUUCGAAUUCCACAUCAUGGAAUGACAAACCACUAUGAAUUUGACAAGUAGAUAAAUUCA